CAUCAUAUCAUCGCUUCCUUCUUUCUUCGCUCCUUCGUUCUCCCUCAUCUUCGUCAUCUCCUUUCCAGUGAAUUGUUUGUCUGCCUUCUCGCGUUCUCCCUUGGUGAUAUACCUCACGACCCGUCGACAAGAAUGCCAGCAGGCACUGCUGUGAUGGAGACAUUCAAGAACCUUAUUCGUCACGGAAAGCACGGCAAAGACCAGCCUCGUGCUGGCGAUCGCACAUCGCCUUCUCAGACGACAGCAGCUCACGCGCAGGGGACGUCAUCCAACCCCCCUAGGGAGCAGCGGCGUGCCGAACGCGAGGUCCACCGCGAGGUUCAGCAGGAUACUCAACAGUGCGAGGUACACGGUCAAAAGGAUAACCGCUUCGGCCACACCGCCGAGCAAAUCGUGCGAGAAGAGCGAGAGGCCAAGAACAAAAUGCCCCAGUACAAAGGCCUCGAGCGCUUUAAGCUGCUCGACAAGAUGGGAGACGGCGCAUUCUCAAACGUCUACAAAGCAGUCGAUUUGACCACCAGCCAGAAGGUGGCUGUCAAAGUCGUUCGCAAAUUUGAACUCAAUUCGACGCAGGCAAGGAAACAUCUCAAUCCGCAAUUCAAGAAACGGCCUCGCGUGACCGAGCGCGCAAACAUCCUCAAGGAGGUGCAGAUCAUGCGCGGGAUCUCACAUCCCAGUGUUGUCAAACUAAUAUCCUUUUCUGAAUCCGAAGAACACUACUUCUUGGUGCUAGAGCUGAUGGAGGGCGGCGAACUUUUUCAUCAAAUUGUCAAAUUGACGUAUUUCAGUGAGAACCUGGCGCGACACGUCAUCUUGCAAGUUGCGCAUGGUAUUCAUUACCUUCACGAAGAGCGUGGUGUCGUUCAUCGUGACAUCAAGCCUGAGAACCUCCUCUUUGACCGCAUUCCCAUCAUCCCGUCGAAACAACCUAUAUCACGUCCAUAUGACGAGGAAAAGGAAGACGAAGGCGAAUUCCUCCCUGGUGUUGGUGGCGGCGGGAUCGGUCGUGUCAAAAUUGCCGACUUUGGUCUGUCGAAGGUCGUCUGGAACGAAGAGACAAUGACUCCGUGUGGGACGGUUGGCUAUACAGCACCCGAAAUCGUGAAAGAUGAACGAUACAGCAAGAGUGUAGACAUGUGGGCCAUGGGCUGCGUUCUGUACACCCUCCUCUGUGGCUUCCCACCCUUUUAUGACGAGAGUAUCAAUGUUCUCACAGAGAAGGUGGCUCGAGGCUAUUACACCUUCCUCAGCCCCUGGUGGGAUGAUAUUAGCGCAUCAGCUAAGGACUUGAUUACCCACCUUCUCUGCGUUGACCCGGCACAGCGAUACACUAUUGACGAGUUUCUUGCCCAUCCUUGGUGUAGUGAAUCCCCUGCACCUCUUCCGGAACCCACUCCAGAUACCCUGGCACCCCCAACGCGCAACAAUAUGCCUAUUGAUUCCCCCCUUCUGAUGGAAGUCCGUGGUCGAGGCGGCCGGGAGGGUCGCUCCCCAGGUCUGGCUACACUCAAAGAGGCUUUCGAUGUUACAUACGCUGUCCACCGCAUGGAAGAGGAAGGCGCCCGGAGGCGCGCGUAUAAUGGUCCCGGUGGUGCUGGUGUCCGCGGAUUUCUAGGCGGCCUAAACGAAGAUGACGAGAACGAAGUUGAGAACGACGCCGCUGUCGUAGAGGAUGCUCGGAAGAAGCAGCAAGCGUCAAAGGCUCAACCCCAGCAGCGCCAUUACGCAGCUGGUGGUGCUGAUAGACGUCAGGCUGAGGCAGCUCUGUACGAUGGCCGGGCGGGUCAGCGCGAUCGGGGCGGCGGCAACAAGCGACGUCAGAAUGCAGGCAACUCCUUCGAGCUCGACAUAAACAACGCUACGCUCCUAGGCCGUCGGCACAAGAAGGCCGAACCCAGUCCACUGGGAAGGGCACCAAUUAUUCCUGAAGAAGUAGAUCCUGGUAGCCCCAUGCGCCUAUGAUCUGCAUCGUUGCUCGCGAACCCUCUUAUCACUUGUUAUGACUGUAUCGCAUUGCAUUUUCCUUUGCAAUCCCUCGAUCCACUUUCCCGUCAUGUAUCGAAUGUUCUCCUCUCUUCAGUUUUCGCACCGCACCUUCCUGUUUACUUCGCAUUCUGCUUGCGUUGCGGACACGAAUUUUCGCGUCGGACCGUAAAGGUGAAUCCUUGUACUGUUACCUCGCAUGAGUAUUUGUUGUACGAAUCCAUGCCGCAGCCCUAUGCUAUCUAAAU